AAUAUUAAAUCCGAAAAGGAAGAUGGCAAUACAGAUCUUAAUACUAGCAUCAAAAUUGAAGAAGAAGAAAAAAUCGGUAUAAGCUUCAUAGAUGCAUUUCAUGAUCUAAAAGAUCUUCCAAGAUUCCGGAAACGUUCAAACUUGAACAACGCGAAAGAUUCAAAGAAAAAACAGGAAAUUUUGACUAAAGAUCAAAAGAACCUGUCCACACAUGAAUCUAAAGACGUUAAUCGAGAUUCUCAACAAAAGAUUACUUCAUCGAGUCCUAUACAAUCAAAGAAACCGAUAACUAAGAAAUCAUCAGAAUCAAUCGACAAUGAAUCUGACGGUUAUGGUACUCACGAUACUGAUGACAAAUCUUACGGAAGCAUUCGUCGAAAAAGUAACAAACAGAGUACCAGACCUAGUAAACGGGUUGAAAGACCGAAAAUUAGUGACUGGGAUUAUUCAUCAUCUGAGUCAUCGUUAGAAGAUACUAAGAAGGAUUCAACAUCCACUAUUAGAAAUCCAUCACCUUUUAAGAGUGAAAAAUUGGAUAAU